CACUGAAGGUGAACAACAAACGCCAUCUGCAAUUUUUAAUGACAAAAUUCCAUCAUCAUCAUCGAAUCAUCAUCGAGACAAUCGAAGGAAAAAAUGUCCCCAUCAGCUGAGAAUUCCGAUAGAUCAAAUCUAAUGGCAUUUCCAACAUUUGAUCCAAAUUAUAUUAUGAGACAUGCAGCAUUUGAUCCAAGUAUUCUAUUAUAUGGUAUACGUGGUGAAUAUGAACGUAAAUUUCAACAAUAUCAACAAUUAUGGCGACAAAAAUGGGAAGAAUUAGAUCAAUUAAAUAAAGAUUUACAUCGAAAACAUAGUGAACAUUUACAAAAAGAAAUAGAUUGUUUGGAGAAUCAAUAUUUUCGUGAUCAUUAUAUUCAUAUGGAAAAACCAUGCCGUGUACAUGAACAAUCGGUUAUUGAUUGUUAUGGUAAAAAUUAUGGUCAACCAUUAUUAUGUCGUCGUGAAGUGGAAAAAUUUUCCAAUUGUGUUGAAACAAAUCGAUUGAAAUUAUUGAAAGAAAAAUGAAAAUUGAUUUGUAUUCUGUAUUUGAAUUGAAUUGUAUUGUUUGUAAUUUGUUUGUUUGGAUAAAAAACAAAACAAAACCCAAUAUUUUUCGUAUAUUUAUAGAAUAAUAAUAGUACUGAGUAUGUCCAA